AGAUGCAUCAGUGCCGCAGCGACGAGUUCAACUGCAGCUCUGGGAUGUGCAUCCGAUCCUCCUGGGUUUGCGAUGGAGACAACGACUGCAGGGAUUGGUCUGAUGAAGCCAACUGUACUGCCAUCUAUCACACCUGUGAGGCCUCCAACUUCCAGUGCCACAAUGGCCACUGCAUUCCCCAGCGGUGGGCAUGUGACGGUGACGCAGAUUGCCAGGAUGGUUCUGAUGAGGAUCCGGUCAACUGUGAGAAAAAGUGUAAUGGAUUCCACUGCCCAAAUGGCACUUGCAUCCCAUCCAGCAAGCAUUGUGAUGGCCUUCGAGACUGCCCGGAUGGCUCUGAUGAGCAGCACUGUGAGCCCUUCUGCACACGCUUCAUGGACUUUGUGUGUAAGAACCGCCAGCAGUGUCUCUUCCACUCCAUGGUGUGUGAUGGCAUCGUCCAGUGCCGAGAUGGCUCCGAUGAAGAUGCCACAUUCGCUGGAUGCUCUCAAGAUCCGGAGUUCCACAAGGAGUGCGAUGAGUUCGGUUUCCAGUGUCAGAACGGAGUAUGCAUCAGCCUGAUUUGGAAAUGUGAUGGGAUGGACGAUUGUGGAGACUACUCUGACGAAGCCAACUGUGCAAACACUACUGCUGCCUCCACUCCAACCCAGCGUGGACGGUGUGACCGGUUUGAGUUCGAGUGUCACCAACCAAAGAAAUGUAUCCCCAACUGGAAGCGCUGUGACGGCCACCAGGAUUGCCAGGAUGGCCAGGAUGAAGCCAACUGCCCCACUCACAGCACCUUGACCUGUAUGAGCAGAGAGUUCAAGUGUGAGGAUGGAGAAGCCUGCAUUGUGCUCUCUGAGCGCUGUGAUGGCUUCCUGGACUGCUCAGAUGAGAGUGACGAGAAGGCCUGCAGUGAUGAGUCAACUGUCUACAAAGUACAGAAUCUUCAGUGGACAGUCGACUUCUCUGGGGAUGUGACUUUGACCUGGAUGCGACCAAAAAAAAUGCCCUCUGCUUCUUGUGUAUACAAUGUCUACUACAGGGUGGUUGGAGAGAGUAUAUGGAAGACCCUGGAAACUCACAGCAAUAAAACAAGCACUGUACUAAAAGUCUUGAAGCCAGAUACCACGUAUCAUGUUAAGGUCCAGGUUCACUGCCUCAGCAAAGUGCACAACACCAAUGACUUCCUGACCCUGAGGACUCCAGAGGGCUUUAGCAAUCUGACAGCUCACACAUCUUAUGAGAUUUCCGCCUGGGCUAAGACAGACUUGGGGGAUAGUCCCCUGGCAUUCGAGCAUGUCUUGACCAGAGGCAUCCGCCCACCUGCUCCUAGUCUCAAAGCCAAGGCCAUCAACCAGACUGCUGUGGAGUGCACAUGGACUGGCCCCAAGAAUGUGGUGUAUGGCAUUUUCUAUGCCACAUCCUUCCUUGACCUCUACCGAAACCCUAGAAGCGUAACCACUUCACUCCACAAUAAGACAGUCAUUGUCAACAAGGAUGAGCAGUACUUGUUUCUGGUCCGGGUGGUGAUCCCUUACCAAGGACCAUCUUCUGACUAUGUUGUAGUGAAGAUGAUCCCAGACAGCAGACUUCCACCUCGUCAUCUGCACGCAGUUCAAAUAGGCAAAACCUCAGCAGUCAUCAAGUGGGAAUCGCCCUAUGACUCUCCUGACCAGGACUUGUUCUAUGCAAUUGCAGUGAAAGAUCUGAUCAGAAAGACGGACAGGAGCUACAAAGUCAAAUCUCGCAAUAGUACUGUGGAGUACAGCCUUAACAAGCUGGAACCUGGAGGAAAAUACCAUAUUGUUGUCCAGCUGGGGAACAUGAGCAAGGAGUCCAGCAUAAAAAUCACCACAGUUUCAUUAUCAGCACCUGACGCCUUAAAAAUCAUAACUGAAAAUGACAAUGUUCUUCUUUUUUGGAAAAGCCUGGCUUUAAAGGAAAAGCAGUUCAGUGAAACCAGGGGGUAUGAGAUCCAUAUGUUUGACAGUGCUAUGAAUCUCACCGCUUACCUUGGGAAUACCACUGACAAUUUCUUUAAAGUGACUAACUUGAAGAUGGGUCAUAAUUACACCUUCACAGUCCAAGCUCGAUGUCUCUUUGGCAGCCAGAUCUGCGGGGAGCCUGCCGUGUUGCUGUAUGAUGAACUGAGCUCAGGUGGAGAUACAGCAGCCAUCCAGGCUGCCAGGUCUACUGAUGUUGCAGCUGUAGUGGUCCCUAUCUUGUUCCUGAUCCUGCUGAGCCUGGGUGUCGGCUUUGCCAUCCUCUACACAAAGCAUCGUCGCCUACAAAGCAGCUUUACUGCUUUUGCCAACAGCCACUACAGCUCCAGGCUGGGCUCGGCCAUCUUCUCCUCUGGAGAUGACCUGGGAGAGGACGAUGAAGAUGCUCCUAUGAUAACUGGAUUCUCAGACGAUGUCCCCAUGGUGAUAGCGUGAAGGAGCUUUUCUCAUUAGAAACCAAAUGGUGUAAAUAUUUUAUUUGAUAAAGAUAGUUGAUGGUUUAUUUUAAAAGAUGCACUUUGAGUUGCAAUAUGUUAUUUUUAUAUGGGCCAAAACCACCACCACCACAAUAACAAAAACAAAAACAUAAAAACAAAACAAACAAAAAAAGGAGAGAAAGGAAUGAAUAAACUUUGUAGUAUCAACUGUGAAUUGAAAGCAGGUUGAAUGGAUUUGACAUUGGUGUCGUCUUACAGAGCUGUGCUUGCUGGGCAUGCUUUUUAAGUCUGUGAGAUCAUUUUGGUUCAGUAAAUUGACCAUUCUUUUUAUUUUUCUAAGACACAGAAAUGUAUUUAAUAAAAACUUCAAGAGAGGGUGAUGGGCAGAAUCACAUUUCUCCUUGAAAACUGCUCUGAUUUUACAUUUUAUUUUUUUUUGGAUUUAGUUUACAUAAAUGUGGGUGUCUUGUAGGGGAAGUUCCUGUUUCUGUUGUUUUUAUUAAUUUAUUGGGACUCUGUAUAAGGCCAUAUUUUAGUGGUCGUCUGAAACCCAGGUGUUAAGGCCCCUUGCCCAUCAGGGUAGGGGUGGAGGAGCAGGAGCAAUCUGUUUUGGUUUGCUUGUGUCAGGGACAGGAGAGAAUUCUGGCUCAGUGCUAGAUUCCAAUUCAGCUGAACUAGAGCCUAGGAAGCCCUGCAAGCCACACACCCUGUCUUCUAGGAAUCUGUGGGCUUUUACCGUGCAUGUCUCUGUACAAAGCGUACCUCUGGAAGCUGCCGAGUGUUGACACUGCUUUCUUAUACACUGGGAUCUUUGUCACUUGAAAAAAAAUUUACUGUGGUUGUGGGAGAAAGUUCUAGAUCUGUGCCAUGAUAGAUAUGCAUUGCAAAUAUAUAUAGUAUGCCAUGUCUCCAUCUUUAAUUUGAGUUUUCCUUUUGUUUUCACUCACCACCAAAGAAUUUCAAGUGUAAAAUUUUAUAUUGGGUUUAAGCCACUGAAUUGUCCUCAAAAGUCCAUACUGAUAUAUGCAGUCAUUUUGAAUUUGGUCAGUGCCUUCUCUGGAUCCCCACCUUGACCCCUACCUCCCAACCCCACUUCCCUAGCCUGUGCUCCCACCCAACCAUAGAGAGUGUUGUAGGUAUUGCCAGGGAUGGAGGUGAUGUAAGCAUUUGACUUCUCCAUCGGCAGAUUUGUUCAUUUGCUUUCUCUGUGAAACACCAUGUGUGUCUAAACACAGCCCCACCCCCAUGUUUCAUGCCAUGGUCACUUGAAAGUUCUGUGGACUUCUUUGUGGCCUCUGCACAUCCUUCAGUCCAGUGUGCAGGCACCGAUGUCCUGC